AUGGUUUACAUAUCUCAAAGUGGAAAUUUACACGAAGCUGUUCCCAUGAAGAAAAAAAUUGUAGACACAUUUUGGGGUGUUAUAAACUUUGUUUCAUUUUUUGUUCAAAGUUUAGUAAGGCCUAACUUAACUAGAUGGGGUAAUCAAUAUACAGUUACUUACAGGCGUCCUGGUUCUUCUUCAAGCGGGACUGUGAGACCUCAACGACGUUUUGGUGGAUUUGGCCCUAGUACAUCUGCCCCAGCUCCUCCAUCAACAUGUAGUAGCUGUAUGGGAUGA